AUGCCCGCCGCAGAAGCAGUGAUGCUUUAUGGCGCAGAUGCUUGGGCCCAAGCGCUUUGCCACGAGAAAUAUCGCAAGCGCAUAGCCGCGGUACAAAGGAGGGGCGCUCUCCGAAUUGCGUGCUCCUACCGCACGAUCACGGAGCCCGCAGAGCUAGUGCUCGCGGGGGUAAUCCCGAUCGAUCUACUAGCCAAGGAGAGACAAUUCGUCCACCAGCAGAAGGCCGUUCUGGGAAAGGAGGAGGCAUCAGGGAACGCCAGGUCUACCAGCAUCGAGGCCUGGCAAAGCCGAUGGGAACAGGAACCUAGGGGCUAA